AUAAGAUUUACGUUCGCCAAAGGCAGAUAACGGAACUCCAGUAGACUAAUCAUGUAGAAAUUGUUUUCUUGAGACAAUUAAGUUAAUUAUUGCGAUGAUGCUGAUAAGAGAGAUCACGCAUUUCUUCAUUUCUAAUAUAUUUUAAAAUCACAGUAAUACAUUCAAACACGUGAAAUGUGGAGAGUAUAAAAUUUCCCAUAUUUUUCGGUGUCACCAAUAGAACGAUCACAAAAUAUUUAUUUAUGUCCAAGCCCAUCGUGUUCGUGACUGGAAAUGCGAAAAAAUUGGAGGAAUUCGUAGCGAUAUUGGGAAGAAACUUCCCGAGACAAGUAACGAGUAUGAAAGUUGAUCUUCCAGAAUACCAAGGUGACAUCGAAGACAUCUGCAAAAAUAAAUGCCGAGCAGCAGCAGAUAUUGUCAAAGGCCCAGUUAUCAUAGAAGAUACUUGUUUAUGUUUUAAUGCGAUGAAGGGACUUCCAGGGCCCUACAUCAAAUGGUUUUUGGACAAACUAGGCCCAGAAGGUCUUUAUACGAUGCUAACUGGAUGGGAAGACAAAUCUGCUCAAGCAAUCUGUACUUUUGCAUUUUGCAAUGGUGGACCGGAGGACCCAAUAAUUUUAUUUCAAGGAUGCACGAAUGGUACCAUUGUAAGUCCCAAGGGGCCAAGAGAUUUUGGGUGGGAUCCUUGUUUUCUGCCAGAAGGAAAAUCUCAAACAUAUGCAGAGCUGCCAAGGGAGGUUAAAAAUAAACUUUCGCAUCGAUUUAGAGCAAUAGAAAAAUUAAAAAAUUAUUUUUGUAAAAAUACUCAAAAUUAACUAAUCUACUUAUAUAGAUUAUUAGAUGAUUAUAAGUUUCAACUAAUUAUUAAAUUGUACAGAAUAAUUCAGUACAAAUAAUACCAGCCAGAUUUGAUAGCUAUUUAUAUUAAACUGUACAACUGUAAUUAAAAUGAAUAAACACAUAUUGUGUUGCUAUUAUAAAAACUAAUUAAGAAUAAAAUAAUAAUGAACAAAGGCAUUCAUUUCUUGACUGUUAUUUGAGGAUCUCCAUCUCAUCAUUAAGAAGCAACAUGAACUGUAGAAGGUGAAGUAUCACAUGAAAAACAAGAUAUAAUGGUGCUAACUUGUUAAUAACAACUUACUAAAUAUAAUGUAUCACUGUUGAUAUGCGAUUGGUGCAAAUGGAAAGAUUAAGAUAUUUAUAUACAUAGUAUGUAAGAUUAUAUGUCACUCUUAAUAUAGUGUAUAAUAACUAAAAAAACAUUGAUUAACAUGCAUCAAAUUUGGUUUAACUUUAAAACCUAAGUGAUAUGGUAAAAAGUAAUUCCUGUAUAUUAUAUCCCACACAAUACAGUUACAUGCCACAAAACAUUGUACAAGUAUAUCUCUACAAGAGUUGAAAUAUUUUUUUUUUAUAUUGCCUAAUAAAUCUGCAAUUUUUCUGAAA